GGCUGACGUCAUUCCAAUCGUGGCGAACGAGAGCGCAGCGCUCAGCAAGACAUUGUGAAAUGUGAACGUCCACCCACUGCUUGCCUUGCUUGGCUCUAUCCACCUAAUUCACUUGAAAGUAGUGGCUAUGAACAGUUAUUGUACCGACUUCCGUCAUUCAUGUUGAUUUUAUUAACUGCGCAACACCACAGUAUUUUUGUGAAAAUUGGAGAUCUACUAAUUCUCAAUGAUAAUUGUUCCAACGAUUAUUAGUAAUACAUUCACAAUGGCGGAGUCUGCAGCCAACAUAGAAGACUUGGAAGAUGGAGAAAUUGAAAGUGAAGGUGAAGAUACAACUGAAGUUCACCACGAAGAAGAAAAGAAAGAAGAAGAUGUUCCAGAGGCCGAGGAACUACCUCCCGAGAAACCCGAAGCACAGGAUUUUUAUUAUUCAAAAUCAGGUAAAAAAAAGAAAUUUAAGAAUAAAGGUGACCAGAAAAAAGAUAAAAGCAAAAAAAAUCGUAAGUAUGCGACUCCCGCUACGGAAGAUGAUUUCGCAGGUAAUAUUGAAAAGGCGAUCAGAAAAGUCAUGAACAAGAGCGAUGAUGGCGAAUGCUUUCCGGAAGAGGAAGUUGAAGAACGACGAAAACAUAAGAAAAGGAAGAAAAAUGAGUCUAAAGAUGGACCUGGUAAGAAGCGUAAAAAACACGGAUACACAGAUGAAGUUGACGAAAGCGAGAUGAUGUGUAUUAGAGGAGCGUCGCCAGUACAAAAACAAAUGGACUCAUUUCAAGAUGACGACAGAGAUUCCUAUGCGUCUGACAGCAGUCAUGACUCUCGUGGACACCAACAUCAUCGCCAACAAAGACACAGACCCAAUCAAAGAGAACGCAAUAAUAAGAACAACAAAAAUGACCGCAGGAGAGGUGCGCAUCCAAUGCAAGAUCCAGAUGGGCUAUGUUUGUAUUAUAUGCAAGGUAAAUGCCAUAAGGGGGAUGAUUGCAUCUACUCUCAUGAUGCGCAACCUCCAAGAAAAAUGGAAUUAUGUAAAUUUUAUCUUAUGGAUUGUUGCGCUAAGAGAGAUAAAUGUCUUUAUAUGCAUGCUGAUUUUCCUUGUAAAUAUUAUCAUACCGGGCUUCCUUGUAUAUACAAAGAUGAAUGUAAGUUCGCACAUGGCCAACCAUUGACUGAAGGUUUAAAAAAUAUUCUUUUGAAACAUAUAGAAUCAGCACCUAAAGAAAUUUUAGGUGAUUUUCCGAGGCUUCAUAGAGACGGAGCAUUACAAAUGAUUCACUCAACCCAAUUGAAAUUAGCCCAGCAAAUGUUUUCAGAAAACUCGGAAAAUGAAGACAAAGGUAUACCGUCGCUUUUUGACAUAAAUAUACCUAACCCACAAGUCGUUCCAGAGUCCUCGUUACCUGUCAACAAUUUUGAAAAACAAAAAGUAUCACCUAAAGUUCGGCAAUCAAGAUGGCAAAAUGAUAACAUGAACCAGAAUUUUAAUACGCCGCAAACUACUAAUGCUCAGACUACUGCAGGUACAACGAAUGUUCUUAAUAUUAAAAAUUUAACUGGUGUACUCACACCUCGACAGAUUUCUGAUCUCACUAAAAUGGGUAUCGAUAAUUUAGAUCAAUUGGGGCAACUGACUGUAUUACAGUUAAAUAGUAUUGGUAUUUCUUUAAAACAGAUAACUGAAAUACAGCUAAAUACAAUGAGUAUACAAAAACUUGGUUUAAUAAAUUCUAAUACUGAACAACAACCGCCGCAGUUUCUAGGAUCUACGUCAGCCAGUAAAGAUCUUGAUUUGCGAGUUCCACCAGUUGUACCAGUCUCAAAUACACCGCCUUCGGACUUUCCGGGUCAAGACGUAGACAUGCGUUUUCAACCUUCAGCUUCUGUUGCUACGAGUGAAGGUUCAGCUGUGAAUACUGGUAGUGCUGGGACUACACGAAGAGAGAAUAAAGAUAUGAUAGACAUUGAUCAGUAUACCAAGGAUGCUUUAAAAUUCGUGUCAAAAGAUAAAGAAAACAUAGAUGUUUCUAACGAAACUUUUGAAAAUGAAAAGCCUAUAAUUUCUAAUGAGACUAAGGAUGUGGAUCAUAGGGUAAUUCCUUUUUCAGAAGAUGCACCGAGAAUGGCCUCGGUGAGUACUGAACCCAGUAACGUAAGACAGGAACGUGAUACAGAUAUUAGGUUUCUUCAUCCUGAACCUAUAUUUAAAAACCCUGAAAAGAGACAUCGCAGGUCAACUACUGAUGAUGAAGACAAUUUGUUAAUUGACGAGAAGUGGUACUCCAGUGAUGAAGAAAAAGGUUCUAGGAAAAAGUCCCCAGCAUCAUCGCCGAGGCCAGCGUCAUUGUCACCGCAAACUCCAGCGCCACAUGUGAUAGAACCGUCAACGGUGUUGAGCAGACUUGGUGAUCUAUCCAAAAUAGACAUAAGUGAGGAAGUGACAAAAUUACUAAAUACAAUGAAAAAUAAUUUGCACGAAAAUAAAGUAGAAACAAAAAAUGAAGCGUUAAGUUCUCCAAAGUCUCGAGAUCCUAGAUCAAGAAGAUCGCCUGAAAAGGUGAGUGAACCUGUCAAGGCUGUUAACAAGAGGCCACCACGUGUUUCCAUUUAUGAAUGUGUUGAUGGUGAACCUACGGAUGGCCGUCGGAGAACCGAUGUUGAUCUAAGACAGAGUGAGUAUAAAAUGCCUGCUUUUGGUGAUACAGAUUUACGUCAAGGAACUAGUGGUGACAUCGAUUUUCGUUUGGGUUUACCUUUCAAAGCAAUACCUAACUAUACUCCAGCAUCUGAAAUUGAUGGAUCAAUUAAUAGUCAUCCUCCAAUACCAUACAAACUCUUACCUAUUGAUAUACCGCGCCCGGACUACACAGAUAUUAGAAAUAGUACAGCCAAGUCUCAAGCCUUAUUAGAUCCUAGAUUAAGAAAAGUUUUUCGGCUAUCCCUAGACGAAUCAAAUAGCGAUAGUGAAAAAGCAGUCAAACCAAUACCUACAGGUCCGCGGGUAGAUCCUAGAAGAAAACCAAAGGAAAAUGAAGGCAUUGCACAAGACGUAAAACAUAAUACAUUAGAGCUCCAAAAUAUUCUUCAAAAUUCCAAUUGGUACAGAGAUCUCAGUUCUACUCAAAAAAUAUUCGUAAAUCAGCAUCUAGCUCCGGUUACUCAAAUGAUAAAACAGCAUCAACAGGAUAAAAUGCCAGGAAAAAAAUUAGAUUUAUCAGGUAUUCAAAACAAUUCGGUUCUUUGUAGCAUAUUUACGAAUUUAGGUAUAUCUUUAGGAGAUAAUGGAGAAUUCACUUAUUUGCCUAAACCCAAAGAAGCAUUGCUUAAAACACCGGUUAAUCAAUUUGCACUCAACAGCGGUAUGGCGUUACCCCCCGGUAGUAUGGAGUCUGGAAAUAUGAACCAUAUGAAUAUGCCGCCUAUGGGCAUGGGUAUGAAUAAUAUGAAUGUGGGUCCAAUGCAUGGUUUCAAUCAACAGAAUUUAUCAGAUCCACGCGGCGGUCCCGCGCCUGGUCUAUUAGGUAUAGCUCCUAAUAUACCGCAUGGUUUUAAUAACGGCAAAUUUAAUGGACCUAAUAAUUUUGGAAAUAUGCCCUUUAAUGGUCCAGGGCCAAUGAAUGACUUUAAUUUCAUGGAAGGAGAUCAGAAUUUCCCAAGGUUUCCAAAUAGAGGCGGACAUAGGGGCCGGGGAAACGAUAGAUGGAAUCGUGGUGGUUCGGGAAGAGGUCACAGAGAUCGAAAAAACUUCAAUAAUGACAGAGGGGGUCACUGGAAAAAUGAUAGGCAUUAGUCAUAUUGUAAUAAGCUUGUAAGCUUAGGAUGGUCUCUUAUUUAGAAUAGGUAAAUAAAUUAUUUGAAUCAAAAAUGUAGCUUAAAAAUCCUUCCACAUAUUACAAAAUGUGAUUAAGGUGAUAUAAUUUUAACAGACUUGUGGGUACACUUUUUUUUAAAAUAAUUUAUAAUAGUAGAAUAAGAAAUUUCUGUACAAUAUCUUAUAGUGUAAAUAUUUUUUUACCAAGUGAAAGGUCAAUGUCUGUAUAAGAUGUAGAAUAUAAAUUAUGUUAAAUAAAAUAAUAUUACUUUUGUUACAAAGUACUCAUUUGUAAGAGCCAAAUGUUUUAAGACUGAAGGCAGACUUAUCAUACAUUUUAAGUUUUUGGGAUCGUUACACCUAUUGCAAUAUGAAUACGUUAAGUACCAAAAUCGUUAUUUAUUCAUGUAAAAAAAAAUACUGACUUUGAAUUGGGAAGGGAAACCUAUUAGUAAUAAAAGAUACAAAAUAGUACCUACGUAACAUCCAUUAGACAUGUAAACGUUAAAUACAAGCAAUAAAUGUAGAUU